GUGUCUUCUCAAAAAAUUGAACUCAAGUUUCAUUCGUCCCAUUGAAGAGUGAUGACACGGACAGGAAAAAUCACCGCAUUGCUCUUAAUUUUGUUACGAGCUUCAUUUGGAAAACUGGAUGAGGUUUACCUUACAAAAACUAGAACAAGGCUAGAUCUUGUUGAACCUUCCUUGUCGAUUUGGUCAGGUCCUAUAUUUGGGAUAUUCCAAUGCAGUUUUACCUGCCUACAGAAACCACAAUGUGUAUCAUUACUGUUCAACGAAACGACAAAAUUUUGCAACCUUUUCAACGUAAUAUACGAUAGUGACGAAAGUGGAAACGCGGAGAAUUACUAUAUCAUAAGUGGAAAAAGUACACGGUUUGUGCCAGCAUCCUGCUUGGACAUCAUUACAUACGCUAACAUAACGACAGAUGGGGAUUACUGGAUUUAUCCAAUGGCAGCCAAUGGGAGGCGAACAAAGAUCUUUUGUCACGACAUGGCAAAUGAACCUUCACAUUUCAUCACCUUAAAAAACACGAACAGCUUUGUUCAACACGAUGGCUCAAACUGGAUAGUUUCUUAUCGAACAUGCCAAUCCAGUCUGAAUCCUCCUUUAAAACGAGUGGAGUUUACCAAAAUUAAAAUACAAAUAGAGGACAUGGUGGUUAAUGGAACAGAUUACACGUUCACUUCCGUGACAGGAUCACCCACAAUUAAAUAUGGAGAAUCCACGGAUUGUAACGGGCAGUACUAUCUUAAUCCAUGUCCUCAUUUUGGACAUGCUGUAAUUGACACAAGAGGAACUGGACUGAUUGUUGACCCUAGCAUAACGUUUGGUUUACUUGCGCAACAUAUGGCUGAAAUGAAAGACUUCAUCAGAUCAGCUGACGGUUCUCAGAUAUCCUUCCUGUGCGCUGGAUGGUGCAGCAGGUGUGGACCAAAGUCUGGACCAAUCAAAUUGCUUCUUUCUACGGAGUUUAUUUCAGCUACUGAUGCACAGCCCGCAAUUUGUCGCAAGUAAAAGAUAGUUUCCGGUUUCAGGAUCCAUAUCCAUAAUAUUUUCAAAUUUUGUGCUUUGUUUGAAAUAAGUCAUAAUUAUUAAUUUAAAAAGUCUGAUUUUUAUAUAACAAAAUUUUUUGAUUGUAGAUCAUGAAUAGUUGUUGUAAAUAAGAAAAAUUAAUAUUUCCCUUCAAAAUGAACUGGAUAUAGUACAUUCAAGUAGUACUCUAGCGCAGAUCCAGGACCAUGUAGAAACACCCACGACUUGACUUCUAUUAAUUACAGAGCCAAAGAACUAGUAUCUGCAUUUACAGUACUGUAAAGGUGGUGAUUUACGCGUGGGGCAAGUUACACGGUAAGCUAAAACCGCUUAAAAAAAUCCCCGCGCGUAUGGUAAAAUAAUGAAAACUUCAGAAUGGUAAAUCACACAUCCGCGUAUUUAACACCCACACGCAUUGUUUGACUAAAAAAAAGCGUACCUUACUUCCAGCGUAAAUAACCACUUUUACAGUAUCACAUAUCUAGUAUAUGAAUAUACAGUAU